GGUUUUUGGCGUUGGAGCGACCGUCAGAAGGACACAGUUUGUAAACUUAGCAGGCUCAAUAAAGUUGUAAAGAAAACGGACUCUUGCAUCAACCUGUUGAGGAUUCGUGGAGCUUGGGGGCUAUUUUGAGGGUUGGAAACUCAAAUUUUUAUUGGAUCACGGAUUGCUUUUUACAAAUGCAUUUUACGGAUAGGGUAGGUCAGCUUCGCUUUUCCGUUCUUCAAGCAGCUGUCAGCUCAAAUCAAUCUGUGGAGAUGCGCACGACUUGCCAGUGCGAUCGGCUCACCUGCCGCCUUGUUUCUCAGUUUGGUGAAGUUUCAAAGCUUCUGAGGCCAGUUAUGUUGAAUAUGGCGAUGACAUUGACAGCCUGGAUCUAUGUAUACAAAAUGAAAACCGAUGAUCGGCUUUCAGCAAUGUUUCUUAUGAGUGGAAAUAGCACCACUGGUAACAAGUAUCACGACGGAAUUAUCAACGCCUUUAGUGCAAUGAUUGUGUUGGCGGUUGUGUCUUUUUCCAUGUUGCUCUUAGCUUUGUGGGAUUGCCGACGCAUUGUGCAGCUCUGGCUGCACAUGUCCUGCUUACUUAUUCUAUUUGCAGUAUCAGGCGGUUUCUUUUAUGAUUUGCUGAAGAGCCUUCGUAUGGAUGAGGAAAAGAUAAUAUACGAAUGGUUACCUGGACUUGUGACAGCUUAUGGAGGUUUCGGAUGUAUAGCUUUCUUCUAUCAUGGCGCUCCUCUUCUACUUCAUCAAUUCUUCGUUUUGUCUAACUGUAGUCUUGUUUCGCUCUUUUAUCUUCGUUCCUUUCCCGGUUACACGGCAUGGUUUGUGCUUUGGUGUGUGGCUCUUUGGGAUAUCUUUGCUGUUCUCGCCCCAAUCGGACCACUGCGUAAAGUUCAAGAAAAAGCGGGUGACUAUAGCCACGAUGUUCUUCGAUUCCUAAUGUUCACCGCUGAUGCGAAACAGUCGCCUGAAAUCGAAGGAGAACCUGCGGCUCGCGAAGAAGAUUCCUCCUCAUCAUCGGAAGAAGAUGAUGAAGCUGCCGCAGUUCCUGCUGUCGAGAAUCAGCCUCCAUCUGACACAUCUUCGUUCACGCUCACCACCGAGGAUAGCGAGGAAGAUUCUGAGCCUGAGCCAGAGGAGCAGAAGCCAUUGCUCAGGAGGCGAGUGCGGCAAGCUGCAGGUGCUGAUCGAGUAGAAGACCUCGAAGAAAUGGCAAGAGAGAACAAGAGAACCACACACAAGAAUAUUGUUGAGAAAAGAUUGAAGAAAGACAAGAAUAGUGAUCUCAGCUCAGAUGACGAAGUUUCUGUUGAGAUGGAACAAGAAACACAUGAAGUGCCUGUCGCAGUUCAAAAUGAUAGUGGAGAUCUAUGGGAUCAAAAAUAUCAUAUUGAUGACAAAGAAGCUUUGAGUAUGGUAAUUCUUGAAAGUUCUUCGUCGUCACCAUCUGGAAGCAGUUAUGAAACUUCUACUUCUUCACUCGAAGACGGAGAAGACGCUGAUGAGGCUUCUGUAACAGCUGCCGAUGCCCUGAAUGAUGCCAAUUCUCUACGCCUUGGAAUGGGAGAUUUUGUGUUCUACAGCGUCCUUGUUGGCCAAGCUGCUACGACAGAAAACAUUGGAGCAACGAUUGCUGCCGCAUUGGGUGUAGUUUAUGGCUUGCUAGUAACGCUCACAUACUUCAGCAAUGGUGAUGAAACCACGCCGGCCCUUCCGAUAUCCAUAGUACUUGGCACUGUAUUCCAUUUUGGCUACUUGUUAUUCGAGCCAUACUUCAUGCAUUUCAUGGACGUCGUUCUCCAAUUCCUAUUAGACGAGUUUUCCUAAAGAGUCCCGUUGCCCGCAUUGAGUGUUGUUCCUUUUCUGUGAAGUAAUAUGCGUUUCUUCGGUCACUGCUACGUCUAUACUGGUUCUAGGUUGCCGUCAGUGACCUUAGUUUUGUUUGUAAGCGAUCUGCUUUCUGAUAAAUUUUUUCGAGUUGCC